AUGACUCUCCGAAGCAAAUUGUUGCAGCGAGCCUCUGCUGCAUCGUCUUCGUAUAAUAAUAAGAGCAUGGCAAAUAUCAAAAACAACACACGUACGGCCAUGACUUCCACUCGAACAAUGGAAGAAUCAUCAUCAUUAAACCCAAAUUCUAAUAGCAGUGCUUCCAUGAUGGACGAUGACUCGCAACAACAACAAUUGGAGCAUCAACAACGAAAUCAGUUUUCGGAGGCCUUGAGAGUGAAUGCUCCUGCAAUUUAUUCUAUAUUUGAACAAGUUUUGAAGAGAAGAGACGUGAAUAAUGGUAAUUGGAAGAGUAUGAAUAUCAUUAUUGAAGCAAUUACUGAAACAAUAUAUACCCAACAACAGCCUCUUUCACCAACAGCCUAUUAUGGGGCUAUCCUGAAAACACUUUCUUCGGAUCAUAACAAUGAUGCAAGAAAGGUAUCCUCUCUUCUUCAGUUGCUUUCAAUUUUGAUGGAACAUAUCAAAUCAUCUGUUGUCCUAUCAAGUUUCGAUUUUAUUGGACAAACUCUUCUUUCAAUUCAUCAACACAUGGACAAGUUUGAAUAUGUGACGAUACAACUUGUGGUUGUUAUUCUCCAAGUAAUUUCAAAGCUCGGAACCAUUCCAGAAAGUCAAUCUUCAGCAUUUGCCAAGAAACAAGAUUUAGAGAAGUUGGCUUUUAGCUUUCUUUUCGACAGUAGAAAUGCUGUGAGAGAAAAAUGUCUUCACACACUCCAACAACUCCUUGAGAAAAAACAAUUAUUUAUUUCACAAGACGAAAUGGUUUCAGUUUACCUCAUUGAGCAGUAUCACUCUUCAAGCAAAUCAAGAAAUGCAGACAUUUCUACUUCUGUCAUUAAGGCAAUUGGUUUGUUAAGUGAAAAUUUAAAUGAGAGAAAUGUUAUUAUCGUACUCCAAAAGUUGCUAGAUAUUUUACUGAAAGGUAACUCUAGCAAUCUUCCUGCAAGCAUUUGUGCUGAAAUUUACAGAACUAUGAAGAACAUUUUUGAUUCUAACAAAAAUUUACAAGCAAAGAGUGUUACUCAAAUUAUUGACAUUCUGCUCGACAAACUUUGCCCAAUUUUGAAGAGUGACGAUUCAAAGAAGGUUGUUGCGUAUAUUGUAAUGAUGUCACACGCCCACAAAUGCUUGUACAAAUUAGAUAAGCAACUGCUCGCUAACAGAAUCCCCAAGUUUUUCCAAUUAAUAUUUGAUUCACUGUUGAUUGGAAAGUCUGAGUUGGAUGAAACAGUUAAUGCUGCCUUCUCCAAUCUUCAAAACCUAAUUUUCACUUGUUUUGACCUUGAGCUGUUCAAAGAUGAAAAUCAAAAGCCCUCUGAUAUGGAAGAUACAGAAGGAGAAUCUCAAUCUUCAAUGGUUAUUAUUGCCAACACAUUGCAAAAUGGCUUAGAAAAUGUUACAAGCAAUAGGUAUGACCUUAUUGCUCAACUUUCAUUAGACGCCAUUCUCAAAGUUGGUCUACUAAGGUCGAAAGGUCUUAAACUCAACUCGAUCAAAAAUUGCAUUUCUGAUUUCCUAUUGUUCUCAAGUGAUGUAUUACAAGAACUCCUCAGAAAAGAGAAGGAAAGCAAGCUUGAUGCAACACCACUCGAAAAGUCUGAGCUCAGAAAUGCACGAGCCGUUUUUUAUCUUGAGAAGAUUGUUGGCUAUUGUGUUCGUGCUCUUGGUCCAGCAGAGUCAUUCAAAGAAGGAGCUAUUGAAUUUGACGGAUGGGUAUUGAGCAUUUUGAUUAAUCACAAAGUAGAUUACUCGCACAUUCCCAACUUGAAAUCAUCCAACCAAGGUAAUGAACAAUCCAACGAGCAACUUUCUCAAGACCUUUCAAAAUUGACUGGAAUCUGUGUGAACGGUCAACUGGGCUACUGGAUUAAUGUUUUAUUGCCAAUGGCAAAAACCUUUUAUGACAAAAGCAAAAACUCGGAGAUGGAUCGACAUGGAAGCAAUGCAUUCUUAACACUCUAUGAAAAGAUAUGGGCUCUUCUACCUCAAUUCUGUAGUUAUCCUGUUGAUUUAGAUUCUCAAUUUGCAAUCAUUGCUCCUUUAUUGGGUGAAAAGCUUGGCUCUGAUGCUACCAAAGGCAUUGAAUAUGAUAUCAAGAUUGCAUGUUGCAACAGUUUAUCUUUGGCCAUUUCGACAUACUCUAGCGUCUUGGAUAAUGAUGCCAAGUUGCCUCUCAACAUUUUUGGUUUGGACAAGGAAACUUGUAAGAGAGGGUUGAAGGCUGUGGCUGGAUUCAAUAAGCAAUUUAUUCCUCUCUUGUUCAAUCUCUUUGUAGAUCAGAACUCGCAUAGCACUACCACUGAUCUCCAAUACUCCGUUGGAAAGGCAAUCAAUGCAUUCUUUUCGAUAUGCGACAAUGAAACCAUUACUGAAUAUUUCAAAUUGGUAUUGAAGAAGAUUUUGACCAUCAACUCGGAAUCUGAUGAAGAAAAAUUCUUUGGAUUCUUCGACCUCUCUAUUACCAUGCUUUCAUGUGCACCAAACUCAUGCUUGGAACUCUAUUACAAAUUCCUCCUUCCUUACCUUAAAAUUACUACUAGCACAACACCAAAACUUCAAAAGAAAGCCUACAAAGGUCUCAAUAUUCUUCUUUCCUCAUGGAAGAGACACUCUGGGGAAAUGAAAGCUGAAACCAUUGACGAAAUUCUCUCCAUCUUUGAAUCGAUCGCUGAAAUUACAAUUUCUAAAAAGUUUAGAGUGAAAUGUUUCAACUUGCUCGUAACCAAGUACCACGAUUUGCUCAUUCAAAAUCCAAGAUCUAACUUUGUGAUUGGAGAAUGUAUAUUUAACAUUGACAAUACUGAAAAUCAAAAAGUGAGAGACUUGUCUAUACAAACACUGAAAGCAUUUAUUGAUCCUCUAACUGAUGCAACCAAAUACUCUCCACAACAGCAACAAAACAAUGUUAUUGAUUUUAUCGUGAGAAGAGUUCUACCUGGAUUGUGUGGAAAGAGCAACUCAAUGAUUGCUUCGACCAUUGAUGCACUUUCUGAACUGCUACCAUCAUAUUCAAAAUAUUUACAACCAAUUUUGAAGGACGUGUUUGAUUCAGUUACCAUAGUAUUACAAGACGAAAAUGUAAAAGUUGUCUCGUCUCUGAUGCAAUUCUUCAAGAGAUGUGUUGCAUUAUUUGAUAAGGAAACGUUGAAACCAUACAUUUCACAAUAUUUAGAUACUUUCUUCAAACAUUCUAAUGAGAAAUCUGGAGGAACAAGUCUGAGAGUUCAACUAAGAUUCUUAGUGACGAAACUCUUUAAAAAGUUUUCUUAUGAAGAAUUGAAAGAAAGGCUCGAUACAAAGGAGCGACAACACUUUUUGAAAAACACCUUCAAGAACAUGCAAAAACUGAAAAAGAAUAAGAAGAAUGUCAAAGGUCAAGACAUGGAAGAUGACGACAAUAGUGAACAAACAGAAGAACAAGACACACAAGAAGGAAGCGACAAGAAGCCAAAGGAUGAGAGCGCAUUUGCCGUCAAGAGAGGAAAACUCGUGAUUGAGGAUCUACCUGAAGGAGCUCAAACAGAUAAAACAUCUGGAGAUAAGGACGAUGAAGGCGCUUCUCAAUCAAGACCUGAAAGAACCAUUGAUCUCAUCAAGCAAUCCAUUAACAAUAGAGGCAGUACAACUAGUUCAAAGAACAAGAAAGAACAGCUCAAUCCUGAUCAACUUUUCCUUGCCAAACUCGAAAAAAGAAAACAGAAGAAGGAGAGCAAGAUUAUUUUCGGUGGAGGUCGAGGUGGAAAGAAUUCUUCAUCUGGAAUGGAUCCAUACGCAUACAUUCCACUUGAUCCCAAACGAUUGAAUAAGAGAGAAAGAAACAAGGAAAGCAACUUCCAAAAGUUUGAAAGAAUUACCAAGAAGAAGAAGUAA